AUGAAGAAUUUUGAGUAUAUUCGUGUGGUGUAUUGGGAGUGUGAAUCGUUAGUGAAUGAGUCUUUAGGAGUUCCUAAAAUAUUGCGAAACGUCUCAGAAAUAGGUACGAAUGCGACGACGACCAAAAGAGCUUCGUCUCGAAACGCUCGUCAAUUAGUGAGCAAAUGGUGCGAAGGACUCGCAGGUAAACCACGACACGCGAAAUGGAACCACGUCAAGAAAUGGUCUUCGAAGAAUGUACCAACAACCGACAAAGCUAGAAAAUCAAGAAUAACCAACGUGCAUUGUCCAAAAUGUGGCAAAUUUUAUAAAUGUCGAAGUAGUCUCAGUAGCCAUGCCAAGUUCGAGUGUGGAUCUAGGAGUACGAUUUUGACGACUACUUUUGUCAGUACUAAUAGUCCGUAUACGUAUUGCUCGAUUCCUGUGAUGUCAGAUUAUAAAGCCGUCGUGUUACCUCAACAUAUCUGCGAAAAUUGCGGCAAACAUUAUAAAUAUAAUCAAAAUUUGAAACGACAUAUAAAAUACGAAUGCGGAAAAGCGCCGAAACUCAAGUGCCCCGAAUGCGAUUACGUUACGUUUUAUAAAUACGAUUUAUUAAAUCAUAGCCUUCUUCAUAGUUGUAACCAAUGCGGAAAAGUGUACCGGUAUAAUCGAAGCUUGCAGAGGCAUUUGAAAUUCGAAUGUGGUAAAGUUCCAAGCUUCUGUUGUCCGGUGUCGAGUUGUCGUUACAGAGCCAAACAGAAGAGCAAUUUGAUGAGCCAUAUUUGCAAUAAACAUUCCAAACUGGCUAUCCAAAUAAAUGAUUUACAUUUAGCGUACUAA